GGCCUGCUCAAUACAUAGGACGACGCCCAACCCCUCCAAAAUCCUCAAGACCCAAGAGGUGAGCACCAAAGACUCGUUGAUACGGCUGUUGAGAGUCCUGGUGUCCGAAAUAUGCAUACGCGCAACUCCUGGAACGAUCGGAAAAGGCUGGAUGCAUCGGACUUCACCUGGAUGUCACCCGUUCUGUUGAUUCGGUGAGCUUACUCUUUGCUUCUCUUCCAGCCUGCAACAUGGGCGCAUACAAAUACAUUGGCGAGCUCUACAAAAAGAAGCAGUCGGAUGUACUCCGAUUCCUGCUCCGUGUCCGGUACGUAUGUGUUGGGAGUUCCGUCAAUUGAACGUUAUCCACCGCGCUUCUCGUCCUUCCCGCCCCGACAAGGCUCGCCGCCUUGGAUACAAGGCCAAACAGGGCUAUGUCAUCUACCGCGUUCGUGUUAGGAGGGGUAACCGCAAGAAGCACGUUCCCAAAGGUGCCACCUACGGCAAGCCUGUUCGCCAGGGUGUCAACCACCUCAAGCCUCAGAGAGGAUUGAGGAGUGUUGCGGAGGAGCGUGUUGGCAAGCGGUGUGGCAACUUGCGAGUCUUAAACUCGUACUGGAUUAACCAGGAUGGUGUAUACAAAUACUACGAGGUCAUCCUUGUUGAUCCCAAUCACAAGGCUAUCCGCCGUGACCCCAGAAUCAACUGGAUCACCAAGCCUGUCCACAAGCACAGGGAGUCCCGUGGUCUUACCAGCAUUGGAAAGCAGAACCGUGGCUUGGGCAAGGGUCACCGUUACAACCACACUCCGGGCUGGUCAACCUGGAAGAAGCACAACACCCUCAGUCUCCGUCGCUACCGGUAAACUACUGUAUCGAUUUGUCUUUGUUGCCGUCAUGUUUUCCACACCUCCCUCCCAUGUUGCGCCCAUGUCGGUUAUGGAUGUAUGUCAUUGUUGCAUUCGCUCAGAACUGUCCAAAUUUGUGUGUAUGACAGGCCCAAGAGUCCCCAAGGAGUUUUUUAAGUUUUUGAACUUGGCACGAUCGUUUAUUGAUCGUGGCGAUCUAACGGAAGCAUUUUGAACUAUGGGCGCCCUCAUACAGCAACUUGAAUCCUAACUUUGAACCCUGUACUUGACAUUGCGCUGUCUUUUGGUAUGUCACGUAGUUGACAACUAUGCAAGCCCUGGUUAAUGCACUUUGGUCAUACAUUGG